AUGGAUUUUUUUGUUUGGAAAAGGAGCGCAGUAUCUGCUGAAACCUCUUCAGACGCUUCUCUCAUUGAACUUCCGUGGUACCGAUGGUGGCUCUACCAGCAAAUCCGCGACCAGCCGCAGCGCCUGUUGUUGGCUUUGCCAAACAUGAACAGAGAUGACGACUCAAACUGGGAUUCAGAAUUCUUACCGUUAUUAGAGAGCGUUAAGGAUCUUGUAGUAGCACAAAAACCAGCAACCAUUGAUGGCAUCACGGAUGCGCUUGUUGGACUCGGUAUGCUCUCCGUCAACGACAAUCACGAAGCCUACCAGUCAGCCAAGCAGCUCCUUUUCCAAGAAACCAAAGCAAUCACCCCCGAAGACCUCAAUGCUCACGUCUUGACCAAAGUCUGCGGUGUCCGAAUUCAAUGGGUCGACUCUCUUUCUUGCCACCUAGAGUUGGAUAGGCAUUCUGGUACUCUUUUUCUCUACCGAUACCCCUCGUUCUGUGUAUCGACACUUCAACGUCGAAGGCAAUCAAGUACACAACAACAGCUGGAUGACGUUAUUCGUCGCUGCGGCCUCCAGGAAACAGGUACUAUUCCGUGGGCAAGCGAAAAAGAUAUAAUGGAGCUACUUGAAGAGAUACUGCUUUCGUGCCCAAUUACACUCGUUGAGCGGGAGGAAUACGAUAUGGCUGGAGACUUUCCGCAUUUGCGGAGUAGAAUGGUGCUGCUCAACAGCUAUGCAUCCAGCAAGCGGCCUCGCUCAAUCUUGCAGCUCUGGCAAGAUAAGCGUGACUCUACGGCUUGGAUCGCGUUCUGGAGUGUAUUGAUUUUCGGGUCGGCAAGUAUUCUCUUGGGUGUGUUGCAGACAGUCUUUCAGAUUUUGCAAUUUGUCCAGGGGAUGAAAGAAGAGCCUAGUAAGUAG